UGCAGCAUUAUUAGCAGAAUCAAGCGCGCUGCAGAUCUGCCCGCCCGUGAUGAAGCUGCUACGCAGUGACAGCACCGCACACGAAACACAGCGCCGACGACAUCGACACAAUGGCGACGUUACGAGCUCCAUCAGCAUCUCUCCUCUCGGCCUUCCUCCCGGUGGUGCGCGCGCGUCUCCUUCCACAAGAAGCGGCAGUGCGCCGGAUACCUCUUCUCCAGCAAAUACAGCAACUUCGAGCAGCCGCAAGCCUUUUACCUGCCGUGCUUGUGCCCAUUCCAUCAUUACUCGAGCAAAUAUGGGACGGAAUACUGAAGGCGGUGCCUAAGAAGAAGACGAGCCACAUGAAGAAGCGGCAUCGACAAAUGGCAGGCAAGGCACUGAAGGAUGUUACCGCAUUGAACAAGUGCAGCGCAUGUGGGAGGGUCAAGCGAGCACACGUGCUAUGUCCAUACUGCGUGAACAGCAUCAAGCAAUGGUUCGCCAACGGCUUCAAGUCAAAGCAAGAGGUGGAAGCCGACAAAGAGAAGAAAUUUGAUGAGCUCAAUGCGGAACGAGAACUUUUGGGUAGGAAGCCCUACAGAUGGGAAGAUUUGUACGACGAUAAAAAGACGGACGCAAAAGUGUAGGAGGCCGAACUUGCAACAUUCCAGCAUAGCACAGGCGUUCGGACCGUGGGACCCGCUCCAGGGAAAGGAGCUGUAGAGAAUAUACACCGCAAUGGUAUGUACAAAGGAAUUCGACAGAUUCAACAACGGCCAUGGUCCUACUUGCCGCGUGGCUUUCACGAAGUGCAAGAGGAAUGCCAUCACAAAGAAGCCAAGCUGCACUUCCGAAUCCGGACCAGGUCGAAGAAGGUGAGCUGAAGC